CUUGAUCUGUUUCCUAUGUUCUGUGCAUGAUACCCGGCGAUUCAUCGUCACCAGUUAUUGCUUUGAUGACUCAGAGUUGAAGCGGUAUCGUUCUUGUUCCUGCGCUCACAUCCUGCACCUCGCCGCCCGCUGAUCUGGCGCAUCCUGUAGACAUGGAUCCCAACUACAGCAUGGACGUGGAUGACCUCUUUGGUGACUCAGAACAUGUCAGCCUCCAGAAUAUCACCACAGUGCCACCCAUCAAAGGGCUUGCGAGGAGAGUUGACGAGCUCGGUGCUAGUGGGUGUUGCCAGAAAAUCACCUGGUCCAAGAAUGGUUGCGUGGCCUACAUCACCCCGGACGGCGCUGCUGUUCAUCUCAAAGUCUUCUCCAGAGACAUCGAAACUGGGAAGUGGGAUCUCGGCAAAGACGUAACCUUGGAUAUCCCACAAGGCCACGAGCACUCUCCGUUUGUCCACUUGUCUUGGAGCCACCUAGGAAACGACCUUGUAGUUAUCGACGCCGCAGGCCGGGUGUUGAACUUCUCUUGCGCAAUGGCUUUGGACAGAAUGCCAUACUUCAAGGCCGAGCUUGCACAUCCAGAAGCAGAGACAGAUGGAGUAGCCGGUUUGCACUGGCUGGCUAUAUACCCAUAUGAACAGAAGAACCACAUCGCAUGGUCGGCUGAAAGAGAUGGAGAGAAGUGGAAAUGGAACAUUCGCUCGCAUGUGUUCCAUGACGCACAUCAUCCUAUCCCCAGCAAAGCUUCUCUCAUAUAUCUAAAGAGACACGGAGAGCUAGUUCUACGAUUUCAGCAGAACGACAACGCUUGGCAAGAAACGUCGGCCCAGCUUGGACCGAUGAUCUCUACCCAGGAGUCCUUCACGCACGCCGCGUUCGCAUCCAAUGACGACGACACGCUCUUUAUGGCAGUAUACGAUGUUAAGCGACGACUGCAUCUCUACAGGAUAGAGACAGCGUGGCAGGUCCCACAAGAGAAGCAAAGCCAGAACGCUGGACAUUUUGACAGGCCUAGUCUUCAAGUCUCGCUCAUCGCCACUGAAGAGGACUGUGGUCCUCUAAACAUGAUCACCGGCGAAAUAGAUGGUGGUACUGAUCCAAGAGGAACAGCGCCUGCGCAGCUUACGCACCUAAGCUUCCUGCCAGUGACGCCUGAUUUGAGCGAUGCCUCGCUACCCACAAUACAGGCCAUCUACUGCAGACCGCCAAAUCUCGUCUCUGUGGAUCACAUGCAGCCGCACGAGACCCCGCACAGCGUGAUAGUCAAGUGGGAGGUGCAUCAGUUACAGCAGAACCAACUACACCCAAGCCUUGAUCAAGUCACAUCCAAGAAGAAGGCAAUCGGCUCUGUUACAGCACGCACCAUCUUCCAGCUCAAGCGGGCUGCAGACUUCUCCAUGCACACGGUUGUUUUGUCGUGCGUCCCUGUGUGGUAUCACAUGCUCCUCGCCUUCCACUACAGCGACGGCACGAUCGAAUUCCGGAAGCGGUCGACGAUGGAGACUCUGCUCAACGAUGGCAACACGGAUACCGUCACAUCUCUCUACCAGGCAGGUUUUGCCUUCGCCCAAGGCGACCCAUCUCUCCACAUGGCCCUCUCCCCGAACUUCUGCAUAUCAGCCUGCAUGCAGCAAGACUCGACUAUCAAGCUACGCUCACUUGAAUACCACCGUGGCACCCUCCCCAUCACCGACUCCGACCCACGCAACUCGGCCGCCCUCGCAGCUCUGAUCCUCCAAUCCGCAUCCUCCGCAAACCAGUACUUCUCCAGCGACGACAUCUUCAGCAUCAUGCCUGCCCUCAACCCCGCGCUCACUCGCUCCUUCACGAUCCUACUGUUCGAGGCGCUCCAAGUGAACAUCGACUGCGGCAUCGACGACAUGAACAACAACUACCUGAUGCUCCUGGGCCGUUCACCUUUCUUCGUCAAAACGCUCUCCGCGAUACACUUACUCGGCCUCAAAUCUCCCACCGACCGCGACCUGAGCUCAAAGAUGGCCUGGAUCGUGUUGAACAUCAAAUACGUCACCCAGGUCCUGACCUCCAUCACACGCAUGCACGGACACAUAGACAAGACCCUCUUACGCCCCGAGGUGGUACCGCAGUUCAUUGGGAUAUGUCGCUGGAUCAUGCACUUCAUCGCAUACUUGACCGACUCUCUCUUCAGCCUCGGGCGCCUCGUAGACUCCCUCCCGACCCCUCUCACCGCAUCCUCGCUCUCAGACCUGUUCGAGGCCGAGAACAACCCCGCCGUCCUACUCCUCCUCAGCGCCUUCCCGCGGCACAUGAUGAAGCUCUGGUCGCAGCCGCUCGCCUGGGUGAAGCGGUCCGCAGAUAACUUCACCAACGCCGCCGCGCCCGUGCAGGCCCCUGAGGUGCGUAAACUGUACGCCCCGCUCGCCGCCGCGCUGUCGGAAAUCCCCUUCGACUGGCGCUGGUUCGAGCGUCUCGUCGGUGAAACACACGACGCGGCCCGCGCCCUCUGCAAGAAGAGCAAUCUGUCCGACGCCGCCCGCAACACCAUCGAGCGCGACCUGCUCAUGGGCAGACUGCCCGCCCUGUACGCCCCGCUGGCGACCCAGCUGCUGACGAGCAAGCUCUGGGAUUCGGAGACCGCGGGAGGCUGUCUGGCGGAUAAGCUCGAUGCCGGGCGGUUGAUGUUCUUCGACACGACGUGGUUGGGCUUCUCGCGCUCGCGGCGCGGCGCCGAGUGGCACGCCACGCAUGUCGUGGAUGUGUGUCAGAAGAUGGUCAUCCGUGGCCGCGGCACGGUCGUGCAUCCUGUUACGAGCGCGACGGUGGGACGCGUGAGGAGUGAUAGCUCGGUCAGUGUCGGUGGGGGGAAGGAUGGGGGGAGCAAGCAGCUCAGGCGCUGUGUCAGGUGUGGCAGCUAUAUGGAGGAUGUGACGGUGAAUCAGGUCGGGUAUGCGGCGCAUCACGUCAACUGGCUGAUGGGGAUUGCGAAGCAUUGCGUUUGCGGGAACAGUUGGAUGUUGGCGCCGGAGAAGGCGAGGGCGAGGUAGAUAUACACAUGAGAUAGCAGAAGUAGAAUGCACGUUUGCCGCAAAGACAGUGUAUAUAGAGUAGA